AGGGGGCCCUUGGUCACUCGCACUUGGCGCACUAAUCAGUUGCAAGACGAUCGAUUAGCGGAAAACAAGAGCCCGCCGGUGCAGCAGCCGCCGGAUUGCGAUUUUCCCGCACCCAAAUCUCGGAACUCUCUCUCGGAGAAAGCGAUAUAAUAUACGGAAAUCUUAGAUAAAUAAACAUAAAUAUCCAUCGAUACAUUUUUGAGCGAAAAGCGUGCGCGUCGAAAGCGAAAUAAAUAUUUUUCGAAUUACCUAAUCGACUGGCCGUUAACGUGAGAGGUGUGUGUGAGUGUGUCUCGAGUGCGUGGUGAAUAUAUUUUAUAUAAUAAAAUACUCGUACUCGUGAGCAGAAUCGUUUCUUGCCGAGAACAUCCUCAUUGCAUCGCUGAACGUCUGAGGACUUGGAUUUGGGUUCCGAUUCGGAUUCGGUUGAGGGAAUUACGCAAUGGCCGCCGAGGAGACGGCGCUAACCGGCGUCGGCGAGCUGCUCUUCUCGCUGCUGAUCACCUACUUUGGAGCUCUGGAGUUCGCCUAUGUGACUCGCCACCUGUACCACUGGACCUUCCGGCAUCCGGAGGCCUCCGCCCUGGACGCAGCUGCUGAUAGUGAGGAGCUGCCUCGGAUGCGCGAGCGCUUGGAUAAGGAGAUCAAGGAGGCCGCCGAAAGGGAGGCCCUGGCCGGCACCAAUGUCAUGCAGGAUGGUGUUAUGUACAGCAAGGGCUUCCGCGUGGAUCCUGCCGGCGAGAAGAGGGAAGCUUUGGCGGCGGAGCUGGAGCGCCAGCAGCAAAUAGAGGCCGAGACGCGAAGACAGCUGGCCGAGGCAGAGGCCAGACUGGCGGAAGAAAGGCAGCGGGCCAAGAGGCAGGAAGAGGAGGCCGAAGAACAGCAGAAGAAACUGAUUGAGGCCGAGAGACAGCGUGAGAGAGAGCAGGCUGAAAAAGAACGCGAGGCGGAGGAGCAGCAGCGUAAACAGCGAGAGAUCGAGGAGAAAGAGCGACAGGAGAACGAAAGAAAGCUGAUUGAGGCCGAACGAGAGCGCGAGGAGAACGAACGCAGGCUGCAUUUAGCCGAAGAGCAGCGAGAGCGUGAAGAGAACGAACGCAGGCUGGUCGCUGCCGAGCGUCUAAGAGAGCAAGCCGAAGCCGAAGCUGAAAGACAGCGAGAGCAGGCCGAAGCGGAAAGACUGAGAGAACAGGAAGAAGCCGAACGGCAAAGAGUCCUAGCCGAAGCUGAGGCGGCUGAAGCCGAGCGUCGUAUCUUCGAAGCCGAAAUCCAGCGGGAGCGGGAAGAAGCCGACGACGAGGAAGAACAGACCCAACGAGAUGCUGAGAUCGUCGAACGUCUUCUGGCCGCCGAAAGAGAGCGCAAGAUGAGCGCCACCGAGAGCGAACUGGAGGAAGAAGCCGCCUUCGCCGAGCAAUCGCGUCGCCUGAUCUCCAGCAGAUCCGACCUCGAGCAAAAGCAGCGAAUGAUCGAGGAGAACGCCCGCCGCUUCAUGGAGGCCGAGGAGGAGAUGGUGAUGCUGCAGCAGCGCCAACUGAUGGCAAGGAACAGCAAGGAGGAGGCCGACGAGUACGCCGGCAUGGAGCCCGUGGUGGAGGAGCCGUGCGUAAAAAAAGUGGCGCCACCCAGAUUCCAGGAGCCUGACGAACCUAUGAUGGUGCAUAAAGUGAAGACGCAGUUCGGCCAGGGCAGUAGUUCCGAGGAGCCCUACUUGACCAAGUCCAAGACCCUCACCUUCCCCGGCGUCUCCGAUGAUGGAUCCUCCGUUGAGCCCAUUUCCAGCCAGCAAUCCUCGUCGUUCAGCACGGACGAAGUUAACCGCGCAGAAGGGGAACGCCCAGAGCCCGAAGGGGAGGAUCAAAUACCCGAUGUCCAGUACACCGAGGACUACCUGCGGUCCCUGGACGGAAUCAAGAAUCGUCCGCUGGUCCGAGAGGAUGGCUCGGGCAGGAGAAGAGCCUUCAAGAAGCGACGUUCCAGUGGGAGCUCCAACUCUUCGCGUGACUCUCGCGCCUCACGCGACGAGGAGCUGAAGAUGUUCACCUCGCUGGAGGAGGAGGAACUGCGCCACGGCGACCGGGAGGACUACAAUCCCAUCAAGUAUACGAGUGAACCGACUUUAAGGGUGAAGUCACACCAUCGUCGCCACAAAAGGAGUCCGGCCAAGGAUGUGAAGCCACCUUCGGAGGCGAGUGGAUCCCUGGAGAUGCUCGGCGAGGAGAGCACAAAUCCAUGGGGUGAGGUGGUACCGGAACACUACAAGGACACCGAGUUCUGGAAGCGGGAGAAGGCCCUCUCCAUAGACGAGGAGGAAGUCGAGAUGGAGAAGCCAUCCCGGGGAGAAGAUGUAGAGGACGAGGCCACCAACGAGCCGAAGUCCUCCUCCUUCGAGGAAGCCACCGAAGCACAGAACGAAGAAGCUGUGGCAGCCCUGAAACAGCAACACUCCAAGGAGCAGGUGGAAGCGGAAAGGGAGAAGGACAACUCGCAGACAACGGAGGCCAGCGACAGCAACAAAGCCAAUUUGCAAACCUCUUCCGCAACCGAGGAGCAAUCGAGGGGCGGCUCACCUGGCUUACGUCGCAGUCCGCGCAUCGACGAGAUGGAUCACUACGAGGAGCGCUGGUCCGCCAGCCAGGAGCAGCAGCCGGAGCAGCAACAGCAGGCCAACGCGACGCCCCAUACUCCAGUCAUCAAUGUCCAGCAGCCGGAUACGGCUCCUUGGCGGGAUCAGUACGGACUGCUCAUGGAGGGGCUCAGCGACUUUUACGACUUUACAGCUUCGGUGAAUCCUUCGCGAUCCCGCUCCACUUCGCGCAAUCCCUCGCCUGUUCCCAAGAAUGUGGCCAACCGCAUGGAUGUGGACGCGGAGCGAUCUCUGGAAGUAUACGACGAUACCCAGGAGGGAUUAAUGGCAGGAGAACUUAACUGUGAAUCUGUCCUUCAACUCCUCGAAUCAAACUUGAAUGGAAAUGAAGCCUCUAACGAUCAACCACUCCAAGUACAGACAGUGGCUGAUGAUGCUAGGAAUGGAAAUGCAGCUGUGUCCAUGGUAUACGAGCCCUUGGAGGGAGCUACCCUCAAUGCUCCCCAAGGUGAUCGAGGACGAGAGCCUUCUGUGGAGAGGACUCGAUCGCGGUCGAGAUCCCGUUCGCCACUUCCCACCUCUGAGAAUCUAGAGAAGAGCAUCAGCAAACGCAGGGAACGCCUGAUCCGACAGAACGAUGAACUUGCAGAGCGACUGUCCCACUCUGGAUCCGAAGGUUCCAUGGAAAUCGAGAUCAAUGGCAACGGGAGACUAAGUCCCCAGCAGGAAAUCAUCCUACCGCAGCCCGUGAUCGAGAUCAAUGAAAUGGCCGACAAGCCCAUGGAAGAUGCAAAACCUUCGCACGAAGAAAUGCGACUUUUUGUAGAGACCCUGCGAGCAGAGCGGAAUGCCCAGUCGCGAUCUAGAUCCCGAUCCCGUUCCCGUUCGCCCUUGCCCACGGCCGACAAUAUUCAAAAGAGUUUGGAAAGCAGACGACUGAAGAGAAUUCAACAUAACGAUGAGAUCUUUGAGAAGUUGCACGAGCAAAUGAACUCGCCAGAGAUCAUUAUAGAGACUGCUUCGCCUCCAUCAUCUCCACUUCCUCUGCCCACGAUUUCCAUUGAAAUUUCGGAACCACCACCGGAGGAAACCGAAGCAGAGCCGGAGGACACACCGGAGAGCAUGGCCAGGCUGUUCGAGAAACUACGCCUUAACCGAGUGCGCUCCCACUCUCGAUCCCGUUCUCGAUCUCCAUUGCCCACGGCUGCCAACUUAGAACAGAGCUUGCAGAAGCGACGCGAGAAGCUGAUAGCUCAGAAUGAUCAGUUCUUCGAGGCACUCCAGGAGAGAGCAAGAACACCAGAGCCGGAAACCCGCAUGACGGUGGAGUACGUCUACGAGUUUGUCCACGAGAAAGAUGAACACAUUGUGGAAGGUCGCGACAUGCGCUCCCUGUCACCAUCUCGCUCGCCAUCCCCGUCAAAGAAUGUGGAGGUGGACGACUUCCAUCUGAUGCUAAACUUGGAAGGCAGUGAACUACGCACUCUUCGCAAGAACAGCGAGGAGCUGGAGAGUGUCCUUGCUGCUAGUGUAAGGCAAAGAGAGCUGGACCUGGAGGCACUGGAAAAGUUGAACAGUGCCAACGAAGAGAUAGAGCUCCGAGUCCUCAGUCCAACAGAUUCAGAGCUGGAGAGAGUGGCUGCUAUGACACGGGAGAUGGCUGCUCCGGAUCUGGAACGCACCGUUUCCGAGGUGGCUAGAGACUUGCAGGAUGAGCUGGUGGCCAGUGGCUUUAAGCGUUCCACCUAUGUGGGCGAAUCCCUUGACCUAGGAAGCGAUCAGUUCCAGGAUCUGCGUCGAGAGGCCGCUCUAUUCCAGCGAUCCCGCAGUCCUUCGCCUAGGAUGACCUUUGAGCAGGCCAGGGAACAGGCGGCUGCCCAAAGAGAACUCCAAGCAGCCAUACUGGACUCCAUCACGGACAAUCGACUAGGAGCCAAGCCCAAGACUUAUUCGGAAGAGAGAGCUGCUGCCGGAUGUCAGGAAAUAUCCGCCGCCCAACUGGAUGAUUUGCGUCAUCGCACCGCCGAGUUUCAGCGGUCGCGUAGCCAAAGUCGAUCUCCGCUCAGGGAGGAUGGGUUAACCCAAUUAAGGGACAUCGAUGCUGAGGCGGCCAAGCGGGAGCUGCAGGAUCAGGUUCUGGACAGACUGGCCGCCUCGAGCGGUAACUUUGAAAGCUUCUCCCGGCACUUGAACGCUGACUUUCUCGACAGUGAGCGACGUGCUUCAGACUCGGCUUUGAUGGGCGACAUGGAUCCAGAGGAGUACCAUCACUUUCGACGCUAUUCGCUGGCCCAGGAGCAGCCCGUGGAGGAGUAUCCGAGCGACGACUACGUCUACAUCUCGCAGAUCGAAGUGCGCACUCUCACAGGCACCAGAACCUGGCUGAAGGAGGACUUUUACCCUCAAGAUGCAGAUAACUAUUCGGAUUCCAAGGGCCAGGUGGUGGACCAGGAUUCCUGGGCACGAGCUGUCUUGGCCGCUGAAGCUGAGGCCGCUGAAUUCGAUGCCACCAACGCAAUCUACAGCUAUGACAUUGUCGGGGACCACGAGAAUCUGGAUCAGGAAAGGAGCAGCUCCAACGACAGCGAGGAUGAGCGACAGACGGUGGUGGAGAUUGAUGAGGAUGACGAGGAUGAGUACGAGUUUGAGCUGGACGAGGGCAUCUCGGAUAACAACGAACGGACCCAGCCCACCGAUGAGUCCCAUCACGACACCUCCGAGUGCGAGGAGGCGGAAAGGAACGCGGAUCGCUAUGCCAAUCGCGGUGCUCAGGACUGGGAGGAGGUCGAGGAUGUGGAGGACUUCCUGGACUACAGCGAUGGUGCUGUGGGUGGGGCCACACCCUACUCCGAUCCGGACUCCUUCAUCGAGCAGAUCUACAACGAGGCAAUCAAGAACAGAAAGCAAUCGGGCAUCUUGAGGGACUACGAAACCAUGGUCCAGGAGCAACUGCCCUCGGAUCAGAGUGAAUCAGAAAAGGAGAAGUCGGGAUCGGAGAGUGAGCGAUAUGCUCUGUGGGCCAAGACCCGGGAGCUGGAACGAUCUAGCUCCAGGACCCGACACACCGACGUGGAUAUAGCCCUGGGAUUGGUUCCUGAAACCGAGCGCCGGGAAUCGGAAAUGCGUUACCUGGGCGAUGCCCAUGUGGCUGCUCGCCAAUCCACUAGGUUGCGUACCCGCUAUGGCUAUAAUCCUAACUUAGAUGUGGGCGCGGUGGACGAUGACAUCGAGGUAGACUUGAAUUACACGCCCAAGAGGGAGUACAAUUGGCGCAAAAACUUCCGUUUGGAUGAUAAUGAUGAUGAAGUGGAAAGAAAUCACCAGGACAACAAAGAUCAUGAGAAUGAGGAGCAGAAAGCCAGAGAUCAACUUGAGGAGGAGCAGGACUCGCAGGAUCGUUAUCAGGAAGAGGAUCAGGAUCCGUACUUAUAUUCAAAUGAAGAGAAUGGUGAAGAUGUCAUUGGAGAGCCACUAGAUCCCCGUCGCUAUAGCCUUGGUGGAGAGAGCAUUACCCUCUUCAGUCGCAGUCCUGUUCGUGAAAUUCUAUCCGAUGUGCCAGAAGAACUCCCCCUGGAAGAGGAGCCACCCAAAGAGCAGCCAGAAGAGACUGUUCCCAUUGAAGAAGAAUUCCCCGUUGAGAAGCCGAAAAAGAAGAAAAGCAAGAAGAAGCUACGCAAGGGAUCUAAAACCGAAGAAGAACUCCGAGACGACAACGAUUCGGACACACAGAUGGGUUACACUCGACGUAGAGAUGAUCAGGAGGUGGCUGAGCCACCCAAGAGGAAGUCCCGCUCCAGGCGCAGCUCCAAGAGCAGUCUCACCAAUGAGGAAGCCAAUGGUGGCUCGGGACUCUUUUCGCCACGCAGUAGUUUGGCCUUUGUGGGUGAUUCCCUCGAAGGCAUAGCCGAGUUUGAGAGAGACGAAGAGCAGUCUUCGUCCACCAAGAAGAAGACCAAGAAACGCAAGAAGACUUCGACCAAGGAAAGCAGGGAGGAGGCCAAGGAAGAACCCCAUCCCACAGAAGAGUCCCACCUCGACCAGGCUUUGGCUGCUGCUCUGGCAGAGAUUGCCCCCGUUUCGGUAUCCACCAACUUGACUCCCGAGUCCACUCAGCAGAAUCUGCUUUCCAUCAUCAGUACCGGACAGAGUGUGUGCAUUACGCCGGCCUCAUCCGUCGAGGAGAUCGUUAGCACCUCUACCAUCGCAACAGCAACAGCUUCUCCCUCCUCAAUCGCGACCACUGUGGCUUCGGCUGCUGUGGUGCCAGCGCGAUCCGUGGUGGACACCUUCGACAUACUCAAAGACGCCAACUUCUAUCCGCUCUUCUAGCCCGCUGGUCUGAAAACUAACCCCGCCACAUGCCAUUCUUUCCCUCAUUCGAUUUACUCUCUAUAAAUAUCUGUUUCUUAUAGACAUGUUCAUAAGCCAAGUCAAGUCAAGCCAAGCACAGCCCAGCACAAAUCCAGUCCCAAACCGAGCACGCUGUACACGAAAUCAGUCCCAGUUCCAGAGCCCAGCAUCCAGCAUCCGCUCCUCUGAAUGAUGGGAUCCCACAGAUCCCGCACUGUAUAAACUAUGUAUUAUACUAACGACCCCAAGAAAUAGCGAACGAUUCAAGGAUUGUUUACCACAUACUCGUAGCUGUUAGUUUACUUAACGAUUUUUUGUCUUUAUAAAAAUGCCGAGAAUAAAAUGCCAACUGAAUAAAUGAAAGAAAGCA